UCAAACUCAUUUAACCCGGAAAUGGUCGUCGCGGACCUUUAACUUAGCAGGAAGUCGUGUCCUCAUGAAGUGACAGUUAGCUGCCAUGGCGCAUGAUGUGAAGUCCAGAGCCAAACGAUAUGAGAAACUGGAUUUCCUGGGCGAGGGUCAGUUCGCCACCGUGUACAAAGCCAGGGACAAAACCAAAAACACAAUAGUUGCCAUUAAAAAGAUUAAGGUUGGCCACAGGACUGAGGCUAAAGAUGGCAUCAACAGGACUGCACUUAGAGAGAUCAAACUGCUGCAGGAGCUGCACCAUCCAAACAUCAUUGGGCUGCUGGAUGCCUUUGGACACAAAUCUAACAUCAGUCUGGUGUUUGACUUCAUGGACACAGAUCUAGAGGUGAUCAUCAAGGACACCAGCCUUGUCCUGACUCCAGCCAACAUCAAAGCUUACAUCCUCAUGACUCUACAGGGAUUAGAGUACAUGCACCAGCACUGGGUCCUACACAGGGAUCUGAAGCCCAAUAAUCUGCUGUUGGACGGUAGCGGAGUGUUGAAGUUGGCUGAUUUUGGUUUGGCCAAAUCGUUUGGCAGUCCCAACAGAGUGUACACACACCAAGUCGUUACCAGGUGGUAUCGCUCCCCUGAGCUCCUGUUUGGUGCCAGGAUGUACGGUGUGGGUGUUGACAUGUGGGCAGUGGGCUGCAUCCUGGCAGAGUUGCUCCUUCGGAUACCAUUCCUCGCCGGAGACUCUGAUCUCGACCAGCUGACUAAGAUCUUUGAGGCUCUUGGGACGCCCACAGAAGAGACAUGGCCUGGAGUAAGCAGUCUACCGGACUAUGUGUCCUUCAAAAUCUUCCCCGGCACACCUCUGGAACAUAUAUUUAGUGCAGCAGGAGACGACUUACUAGAGCUUCUACAGUGCUUAUUCACCUUUAACCCCUCGACAAGGAGCACAGCUACUCAGGCUCUGAAGAUGAAGUACUUCAGUAACCGGCCUGGUCCCACUCCUGGCCCCCAGCUCCCUCAACCCAACUGUUCAGUUGAGGCUCUGAGGGAGAAGGAAACAGUCGGACUCAAGAGGAAAAUAGAAGGACUGGAGACAACUGUGAUGAAGAAGAAGCUCGUUUUCUGACCAGAUGGGACGUGGUGAAUCAGAUGGUUGCCAUCUUCACACCACUCUGUGGCUCAGCUUCCCACAUUACUCGGGAUUGUCCACUGGAAAAAGUCCCCCCCCAAAAGAAAGACCAAAUCCAGCACAAGACAAAAAAACACAGGGUCAGGUGUGGUUGACUUUAGGACAUUUAGAGGUUGUAGCUGUUAAACGAGUCGGGUAUUUGGGCCUGAACUUAGCUCUAUGAAUCAAGCUGCUGCUGCCGUGUCCAGCAAUGGAUGAACAACAGAGACUGUCUGUGGUCAGAGGUUUAAGCAUCAGGUCAUUCUUCACCAACUUCUAAACUGCGGGAGCCUGUUGGAUCCUGUCUAUUUAUGUGACUGAGACCAACCAAACAAGCGAGUCUGAAUGAUUUCAUGUAGAUUUAUUUUUAUUUUUUUGUAUGAAAGACCAAUAAAUGGUGCGUAUGCAUA